AUGUUUGAAGUAGAUGAAUUAGCAGAAAAACGCAGUUAUGAAUUUAGAGGACUUUUAAAAGGAAUGAAUUUUGCGACUAGGCUGAAUCAUUGCAUAUUAAACUUUUUUGGUAAAAUUUUCAGAAUAAAAUACAACAGAAAGACUUCAAUUAAAACUCAGAUGGCCUACGAAAUAACUAUUAACAUUAUAAUUGUGCUGCAAUUGAGCAGCUUAGUGUGAUAUCCAGAUUUAAAGAUUUCUGACUGAAGUUCAUACCAACCUAUAUGGCUUUUUCGGUUCCAUGGCACAGUGUAUCUUUCUCUUUGCUUUGUUUUUAAAAAUGUAUGCCAUCGAAAUAGGCUUCUCCUCUAAUUGAAUUCUCUAACUUUUAAAUCCAUUACCAUUAAAUUUAUAACGUUUAACGUCCACUACAGGGUCGACCGUCCUCAGAUCUUCCGCUCGCCUUCGUCAAUCGGGCCCACAAGUCGCUGGGUCGAGCUGCUUUGUUACUCCAGGGUGCUUUAGGGCAAGUGUUGCCGGCUUCGACGGCUCAUGAGUGAGCUACUUGCUUGUGACAUGGGUUGCUUUUCCGAAAAUCCAAAAAAAUGGAUUUUCUGGUCUGCUCUCGGCAAAAAGGAAAAGUACAUAGCCUGGGACGUAACGCCCUGUUUCACGCUAGGGAGUUUGCCCGAAGGGUCCAAAAGACUUCGCUGGGCUUCCCCUUUCCAAAUUCUGUACCCUCGUUCCACAUGAGGAAAAAUCCACCCCUGAGAUUAGACUUGGGCUAGGCUCUGUACAUAACCAGAGUUGCUUACCUAGUAAUCCUGUCCAUCUCUGAAAUGGUAAAACCUUGCCGGAUAUAAUUAAAAUAUGAGUCUUAUUAGAUAUACGGGCUCGUGCCCUUAAUUUUAAUGCAAUCACCGAGGAUCCCCUGGGAGAUUCACCCGCUUUGCGACCUUCCUUCCGUCCGGUCUCCUCCUUGCUUCUUGUAAAAAGCUCCAGUGUUGAGUGGGCAGGCUACGGGUUUGUGCGGCCCUCCUGAGGCUGAGGGAAUACGAAGUUGGCAUUCCGAAAUUCCAAAAAAUGGAAUUUCUGGUAGCCUAUCGGCAAAAGGGUAAAGUUCAGAUCCUGGGACGUAACGCCCAGUUUCACGCUAGGCAGUUGCCCGAUUGGUCUAGGGAUUACCUGUAGACCUUGUGGGCUUGCCCUUCCAAAUCUGAACCCUCCUUUCCUUCGAGGUAAAAACCAGUCUCGAAGUGGACUUGGGCUAGGCUCUGCCUCCUGCAGAAUUGAUUACCCAGCAUUGCCGUCCAUUUCAAGGCUAGAAAAACCUUGCCGGAUAUAAUUAAAAUAUGAGUCGAGGCUGCAUGGCCGAGAGGCCAUGCCCAGAUGAAGACGCCAUGCCCAGACGAAGACGCCAUGCCCAGACGAAGACGCCAUGCCCAGACGAAGACGCCAUGCCCAGACGAAGACGCCAUGCCCAGACGAAGACGCCAUGCCCAGACGAAGACGCCAUGCCCAGACGAAGACGCCAUAUUUUAAUUAUCGAACUUUUAAAUCAAAUUUGCAAAAAACUAUAACGGUUGCUUCUCACUACGACCAAAAAUCUGAGAAAAUGUCCCAAGAGGAAAAAAAUCCUAUGAGAGAAUGAAAAACAGGCUUUUUCUUAGCUACUCAAGCUACGAUAGCAUUUGUGCACAGUCUUAUAUCAUGAAUUUCUGUUUUUAUGGGACUUCAUCUUUAUUUGGGCUUUGCUUGGCUUUUUUAGCAAUUUUUAGGAUUUUUCUGAAAAUCGAGAAGCCGAUACCAAUAUUUCUUAUAAUAAUUUUUGAAAAAUUUAUAUGAAUAAUGAUGACUUUAUGCUUCAUUCCCAAUGUGAUGAUUUUAUUAAUGACUCUUAAAUAUUCAAUUAUAGCUUCAGAAACAAUUGAAGAAUAUUCUGGAGAUAUAAAAAGUGACAGCUUAAAUUACGGCUUAGUUGGGAUUUUUAUUGUGAUUAGCUGUUUUUGCAUUUUAGCUCCUAUUACUAUUUAUUCUGAAAUUUUAGCUGUGAUAUAA